CAAACACUAGUUUCAAUGGCCGAGAGAAUUCAGCCUCCCAAAAAGGGAAACCUUAUCACCAUCCUCAGCAUAGAUGGAGGAGGAAUUAGAGGAAUCAUCCCGGGGGUUCUUCUUGAGUACCUUGAAUCUCAACUUCAAGAACUAGAUGGGAAAGAUGUGAGGCUUGCUGAUUACUUCGACGUGAUUACUGGGACUAGCACGGGUGGUCUUAUUACGGCCAUGUUAACGGCGCCCAACAAAGAUAACCGGCCUUUAUAUGCUGCCAACGGCAUUGUCCCUUUUUACCUUGAGCAUUGCCCCAAAAUUUUCCCACAAGCAAGGUAUGUGUUAGAUUAACAUAAUAAUAGAACA